CACGUUUGUCAAUGAAUCACCAUCCUCCAGAUACUGUGCCUCUCUCAAUUGUCGACCGAUCGCCCCUAAGACUACUCUCCCUCCCACGUCCUCCCCGCUUUUACUCCUCCUCGCACCUAUACGACACGUGCCCCUGCUCAUCCUUGCGCGUUCCUUUUGCGCAUGAUAAGACGUGCCUUUGUCCGGCAAGUCUCGACUGCAGCAAGACAUGCAUCGACUUCAACAAAGGCGCGGCGUACAUCGCGCGGACCUUCCGGUCGCUCUACCCGUGUCGACAUUGUCAACGAGGAACUAUGUGAUACUGUCUUGAGUCGUCUAAGGACUACCUUUCCUACACCGCACACCUGCGAUAUCAUCGAUGUCAAUCCCGGGAUAGGCCUCUGGUCUCGGAAACUUCAUAGUGCAAUACAACCUCGACGCCAUGUUCUCGUCGAACCCAACUUCUCCGCGUACUCCGAAUAUCUGAGUCCAUUGAUUGACCAGAAGGAUUCAAAGUUUCGGCAUACAGCAUUGCUUGAGGAUGCCUACGAUCCUAGUAGCGAAUUGCUAUCCCACUAUCCGACCGACGGGGAGAGCAGACUGCGCCUCAACUCCACCCUUCUGAUGACAGUGAAUCUCUCGGGAGGACAUCUCAGCACGGCGCUUUACAAAGGCACCCCAGCACGGAAGUUCUUUGCUGAUCUGCAGUGGUCUCUUUGGAAGAUAAGGAACAAUAUCUCCCGCUACGGUCUUAUACGAGUUUUGGCCUGGGUGUCGGAUGAUGAGAAGGAUGCCUAUAUCCCAAGGACGGUGACUGCGCGCCGAAAGCAGGCCGUCUUGUUGGAGGGCAGCUCGAUCAUCAAGGAACUCGCUGGUGCUUCCGUGACCAGCAGGCCCAGCUUCCUCAGAAAAUGGCGUGAGAUUGAGGUAGAUGAGCUUGCUCGCGUUGCCGCCUUGGAGGAAGCAGGAGGUAUGACGCUACCCAAUAAGAGACGUCAAAAGGUAGCGCCUCCAGAUCUUCUCAGCAUGAAGCCUAGCCCGGAAGCUCUGCGAAAGGGCCACCAUUCCUCUGAUGCAUCUUGGGUCGCGGAGUUUGUUGAGUUGGACAGCAAAUUGCGAACGGAGCAGCCGGAGUGGUACGCGAAGAUGGCGUCUGGGGAGCUUCGUUGGCGUCACAUGAUGGAUCCCAAGCAAAAAGACCAGCAAUUGUGGCGGAAGCUACUCAGAGCUGCGACUACUCGACACACGACUCACAUGAAGGCUGUCGACUUGGUUCUAGAACAAAGAGACCUUGACACAAAAUGGAGGCAGAUGCUAGCUUCGUCAGAGACCCUGGGACGCCAUGAGCAUUCUCUGAAGGAACAAGCCGAGGACCUCAAGAACCGCAUCUCGAAGCUGAGCCGGACAAACCGAGCCUUCGCAGAAAAGGCCAUCGACGACUAUCGGGCACUGGACAUGACUCCACCAGCAAUGUCCUGGAAUCGGCGUCAGAUGGAGCCUGUCCUAGUACAUUCCAAAGACUUUCAGCCCGCCGACAAACCACUAGCAUUGCUAGAUGUCACGCCACGAACAGACUUCUUCACAAGAUUCGACACGUACGACAAGAUGGUCUUCUUCGCUCAUGUUGUGAGAACUCUCUGGUUCAAUUCUGGCAAAAGCGUCCACGACGCUUUGAAGGUGCUUGUUCAUGAAGGUAUGGAUGAGUUUGUCAAGACUGUUCCACAGAUUCAUGACCCCUCGCAGGGUGGUUGGUAUGAUUUGUCUGCUGUGAGGGUGCGGUCACUUCCUGUGGAGAUGGUUAUUGAGAUCGCGCUCGCGUAUAUCAGAUGGCCUUUCCGCCAGUCUGCGGACAGUAUACUCAUGUUCGGUCAGGAUCCGCAGGCUGCAUAUAGUCUGGGCGAUGAUGACUGAUAACUUGUUGUGCCUGCCCCGUGUGUACUCUAUAUUAGCGGUGGGAAGAGAAAGGAUAGGAGUGAUUAUUGCCUCAACCCCACGCCUCACAUGUGCUUGUGAUCACGCUCAAACCCAUUCCCAUU